UCCAUCUGGAAAGCCUGGGUUGUCCCAUGGGUUAGCCCAAUCCUCUUUUUGGAUCUUCCUUUUAAAGAAUGUUUUAGUGCUGGGUGACGUGCAGUUUCUUUCUGAGUCUCUCUCAAGACCGUGGAACUGUGAUAAGCUGCUGCUGCUGCUGUUGGCACGUGCCCAACCUGCAAAAUCUCACUGUCCCAAAAAGCACUCGGGCUUUCCAUGGCUGUUGGAGCGUGAGGCUGGGCUGCUCCGUGGUUUGAUAGCUCUUGUUGCAUAUCAGUCCUAAGUACCUGGCAAAUCCUGGGUUCACUUCUGUUCUGUGCUCAGAAAUAUGUGCUCAAGAGACCUGGGGGAAAGCUGUGUGGAAAUCAGAGUAUUCAGAUAUUCACACUUGUUCUUUUCUAGAUUUAGUGGAUUAUGGAUUUUUUAGGCUGAUGUCUUCAGGGGCGAAAGAGAAAAUUAUUUAGAACUGGGGGCGUGAGUAGGGUCUGAACACAAAAGCCCCAGCUGUGGGGAUCUGUGACCUGGAGCAGAACUUUUGUUUUCCAGUGCAUACUGUGAAUUUUGUGCAUCUAUUUAACUAUUUCUUGUUAAAAGAAAAAGAGAAAAAAGAAGCCCAAAAAGAAAAAAAAAAAAAAAAGAAAGUUAGAGGGCUUUGCUGCUUACCUGGUGAUGACUUCUGAAACAGGUCCAAGUAGAGGGCUUUGUGUAGUGUUGUUUUUGAUCUGGCACCAGAGAAUUGUGGCAGCAUGAAGUGCUGAGGAAAGGAGGUCACACACCUGUGCCGAUGAAUUCCCCUUUCUGCUGGAGCUGACCGGGUUUGUUUGCCAGCAGUUGUGUCUCGGAGGCUGCUGUUAUUCUUGUGUUUUGGUGACUCUUUAGCUUUCCUCCUUCCAUUUGGGUGUGGAAAUCCAUCGCAGUUCCAGCUGGCAAGGUGUGUUUUUGCAGGCUGAAGCAGAAUUAACCGCUGUGUGUUGAGUCCAGAUCUCGCUUGUGUGUAUUUACCCCUCACUGUGUACAGCGUGGGCAGUGUAAUGCCAGAGCUUCAGGCUUUUGUGUCAGAGCACAGUUGCUGAAAUGUCUAAAAAAGUUUGGCUACGUAUGUGUAUAGAGCUAAGACUUGCUUGAUUUUUGGUUUAAGGAGAAAUAUUUAUUGGCAGUGGUAGAAAAUGAGCCGAAUAUUCCCAUUUUUAUCCCAGGAAGUGAAAGUUGCCAGACUGAAAUUCCCAGGUUUGGGAGCUCUCUGCACUUGAGCCAUUUUAGCCUUUAACUUGGCCUCUGAGAGUUUCAGCUGUGCUUCAAGGUGAGAAUGGAGUGUUUGUUAAACUUCUGGGGCUCUUUUUUUUUCCCCAAUUAGAUUUGCAGCCAAAAUGAUGGUAGGAACAGUUGCGUGGAAAUUGGCACCGGGAAGUGCUGACUUCUUCUGGGCCAGAGGAAAUCUGUGCUGUGGAGGGCGGGGGUUGUUUGUUUCUGGUUUGUUUUUUAGUCUGCAGGAGCACCGGAGUGAGGAAGCUGCACUCCUGUGUCUUGGCUGCACGCUGGAUGGAGCCCUUGUGCACCUUGUGCUGCUCGGAGAGGACCUGGACACAGGCUGAGCAGUGUCUUCCUCCUUCCUCCUCCUUCCUGGGACAGGUUGUGCAGGAGCAGGAGGGGCUUCUCCUCCCCCUCCUUUAGCAGCAGUUUUUGAGGAGCCAGACCAGUGUAAGCAAGCAGCAGCUUUCCUUGCACAAGUGUUUUUGGUAGCCAGGAGCCCCCUGUGAGCCAGGAAGCACAAUCCCAUUUGUCCUUUCCCCCUGGAUGGAGCUGGGAUAAGGUGCUGAGUGGUUCUGGUGAAGGCUUGGAUUCUGUGCUUGUGUUGCCUGAUACAGAAUUGAUUUUUUUUUUUUUUUUGCAUUGCAGUAUUAGCCUUUACUGUCAACUGCUAAAUCCAGUUUGGAAUGAUCCCUGGGACAGCCAUGGUACAAAGCCUUGGGAUCAGGCUUUUCCUGCAUCCCCUGGGGAGUUCUGGCUGUGCAGGUGUGGCGGGGAGUUUAGAGGGAGAUGAGAGCCGAAGGUGUGUGCGUUGUGUCACAGCUGUGUGACUGCCACCACGGGGGCAGCUGCAGUGUCAGCCUGUGUUCCCUGGCUAUUCCCUGUCGCCUGCUUAGUCAUGCAGUCGCAGGAUUUCCCAACGUGUGCCUGCAGGAAUAUUGGAUGCAUGAGUAGAACGUUUCAUCUCAGCUUACAGAUGCAUUGGUGUAGCUGCAGUCGCUGUGUGGCAGAAUUCACGUCUGCCUUCCACAGUGCUCUGUAUCCUUGUGGGAAUAAUUUUCAUUUUAGUCACCCCCCCUGGAAGGAUGUUCUCAAAUUCAGCGGUUUUGCUAAGAAAACAGUAAUGUUUGGCAAAUUAAAAAAAAGUUUGAGACUGAGGAAGUGGCAGAUGGGUUUGUACAGAGAGGACUCACAUUAUAACUAAGAGUUUUAUUCUGAAUGCUUCGUGCUCCUUUUGGGAGCAUUGCUUUCCCUUAAGGCUUUGUCAGUGUUUGGGGAAAGUAAUGUCAUUAUUUAAAACCAAACCUUAUAAAAAUGCGCUGAAUUUAAAUAGCUCAAACCCUCCAAGGAUUUUCCUGUAUCCCAUCUGUACAGUUCCACAGUGCUCUGGUGGGGAAGAGCCCUUUGGAUGGAGCUUUGCACUUGGAUAUUUUUCCUGAGCUUCAUUUCUCUCCAUGCCAUUAUGAAGGCAGGUGUUUGCUGCCUUAUCUGCUGUGUGAUUGCUUCCUCAAAUCUCAGAGGUGUGCAUAUGUUGUGGUGCAUUUAUUUUUAUAGCAGCCUUUUAACUUAGCAAUUAAUAGUUUAUUUUCUUUUUGCCUAAUUGCACACGUGUAUUUUCUGAAAUUGUCUGCAGGGUCAGUGAGAAGCUUCCAAAAGCCUUACAAAUCAAAGUUCAGCUCUGUUGAAAAGCAGAGCAGUGCCCAGAGUCUUGUCUUUUGGUUGUCUAAACAAAGCCACAACAUCACUGCGAGUGUCCUUCCAGGUUUCCUUGUCUUGUCCCUUCUCCCAGGGACUGGCAUUCGCUCACAGUUUUUAAUCUAUUUUUUUAUGAAGGAAAAAGAAACAAAAACUUACUCAGAAUCUCCGACUUUUGUAUUUUGGGCAAGGGCUUUGGUGAUGGCUGAUUCCAGCUGUUCCUGCAGCUGAACACUUGACAGAAGUUUCCUGGUGCAGCCCUGACCCUUGGAUAGGGACCAGGGACCAUGUUGGGAGGGUCUAGAAUUAGAAGGGUUUUCAGCUCAUAGCUCUGUGUCACUGUGAGCUCGCUGGCAAGGUAAAUACUUGAUGCAUCUCCUAAGGAUGGGGUUUGGGAGGUACCUGGGUAUUCUCAGCGUGUAAAAAUGCCCUGAAUCUGUUAGACAGCUGAAGCAGAGGAAGUGGGAAGGAGAAAUCCUGGGAAAACGCUUAUCCAAAACCUUCGCUGUAGAGGAGGGAAGCAGAGCUGCUGGGUGAGGGGUGUCCUCUGUCCAGAUAUGUUCUGAGGCAGGUCUGCUUCAGCUCUGUAAGCCUGAUUUUUAAAAUGAUAAGUAAUCAGCUGAAUGCCAGAUCUUCCAAGGGAAUACAGCUCUUCCAGAGCAGCAGUGUUUGCUAUCCCUGGCAACACAGUAGUGGUUGAGCGGGGAAUUUUUAGAGGAUGGUUUCAAGUGUCUUUGGGUUUCAUUUAGCAUUCAAAAGUGAGAUGUUCACCAUGAGGACUGAGAACAUGCAGCAGUCACCUUGAGAUCAGCUAAAGAAAGCCUAGGAGGUGCAGUUCACACUCUGAUGGUGAGGUUUGUACAUGCAAGACAGCAGCUUGAUGGUUUACAACAGUGUGAUGCCUCACAUCCGGGAUUCCAGUCAGGCUUUUCCAGCCAAAUGUUGCUUAUUCCCACCCUGUUAAUCAAGGAUCAGACAGCGAGUAAUGCAGAGCAAACUACGUGCUGGGAGAAAAAGGAUCAUUUGGUUCAGGAGGCUUGAUGCAAAACUGGAGAUUGCAGGCUGGGAGCAAUCAGAGAGGUUGUGGAUUGCUCAACCCUGGAAGUAUCCAUGGCCAGGCUGGACAGGGCUUGGAGCAGCCUGAGCUGGGGGAAGGUGUUGGUGCCCAUGGCAGGGGCUGGAAUGAGCUGAGAUUUAAGGUCCCUCCCAACCCAAGCUGCUCUAUGAUCAGCUGUAACAUUUCAAAGGGCACUGAGUUUAUGAAGGCCCACUGUCACAGCAAGCGUCAGAAAGUGAGAUCAAAUGAACUGUACUUGGGAAUUUCAGUUUUUGACUUGCUCACAAGACAUUUCAGCCACUUCUGUUAUCUUGCCAAAGCAUGUUUGGAGGCCAGCCAUGAGCCAAAAGGAAACCACCUGUGCAAGCUGUAAAUAAGUGUGGAGACCUCAGGCUAACAGCAUUUGUGAUGCUUUUUGCUCUAGCACAGCACCAGAAACGUCCGUCUCAAAUCCCUCAGGGAUAUUGCCAGGUGUACAAUUCCAGUGAAGUACAUGUUUGGGGGAUUCUCUAAACAUGACUUUUCACAUGGCCCAACUUUGAAGCUGGCCUUUCAUAAAGCACUUGCUGAGCUUUAUGAGUAUCUCUUUUGUUGUGCUUAGAGCCAGCAAAUCAUUGUCUUGGAAGCCUUUAUCCAAGGGAAAUACAAGCUGCUUUUAAAUUUUAGUGUGUUUCCUUAGAGGGAAUGUGAGGAGAGUUUUAAGGGAAGGUCUGCUGAGGUGAGGGCCUGGGGAGUGUCCUGGCUCAGCACAGAGGGCUGAGCAGGUUCCCACAGCAGGCAGUGAUGCCUGGGGUUUUAGCUUUUAUAUUUUUUAGAUUCUCUGCUACCUGGUAUAUAACUCUGAAACUCCAUAUUGGGUGUUAGUAAGUUCUCUUCACAGGGUAGUUUGACAAAACAAUCCCUUCCCAGCUAGAGAAUCAAGGACAACCAUUUCCCAAAAAGCAUAACAACUGUGAAGAGAAGGGGGUAAGCCAGGGGGACUUCAUGACCUGGAGCUGUAAUUGGACAAUUGAACCCAAUAUGUAGAUGAACCAAAACUUACAAAAGUGUAAACACUCGUGACCAUUCUUGGAUUCAGCCUGGGUGUAGCCCUGGCCAGGCUCUUGUGCUGCCCAGGAUGUAUCCUGUAGAGGCCUUUGAAGAAAUACCGAUUUUGUCCAUUUAGCUCUGCCUAGUCUCUGUCCCAGAUCAGCCUUCCAGGCAUCAGCAGGGGCUGCUGUGAUUGAAGGUGUGAUUUAACGAGGGGAUUUAGGUGUUUUGUACUCUGAUGAAAGAGACUGCAAUGGCUGUUUCAGCUCCCAAAGAAGAGAAGGAGGAGGAGGAAGUGUCCGGCGUGCUCAGCCAUGGCUCUCCCGUGGGCACGGCCCGGCCCGGCCGCAGCUGGCGCAGCAGCCGCGCCGCCGCCCGCCAGCGCGACCCCGAGAACUCCCGCGCCUCCAGGUCUAAGGCUGGCUCCCUGCAGCUCAUCUGCAAGUCAGAGCCCAACUCCGACCAGCUGGAGUACGUGGUCACAGACGAGCAUCAGUCUCCAGAUGGAGUCAGCGAUGAUGAUGAGGAGAUGCUCAUCAGUGAGGAAGAAGUUCCCUUCAAAGAUGAUCCCAGAGAUGAGACCUACAAGCCCCACCUAGAGAAGGAAGCACCAAAGCAAAGGAGAAAAGCUAGCAAGGGGAAGGAGGAAAAAGAAAGGCAGAAAGAGAUUAAAGUGGAAGUGAAAGAAGAGAAUGAGUUUCAGGAGGAUGAAGAACCACCAAGGAAGAGGGGAAGGAGGAGAAAGGAUGACAAGAGCCCAAGGCUGCCCAAGAGAAGGAAGAAGCCUCCGAUCCAGUAUGUCCGCUGUGAGAUGGAAGGCUGCGGCACGGUCCUGGCUCACCCGCGGUACCUGCAGCAUCACAUAAAAUAUCAGCACUUACUGAAGAAAAAAUACGUGUGUCCUCAUCCUUCCUGCGGUCGGCUCUUCCGGCUCCAGAAGCAGCUCCUGCGGCAUGCCAAACAUCACACAGAUCAAAGGGAUUACAUCUGCGAGUACUGCGCCCGGGCCUUCAAGAGCUCCCACAACUUGGCAGUGCACCGGAUGAUCCACACGGGCGAGAAGCCCUUGCAGUGUGAGAUCUGCGGAUUCACCUGCCGGCAGAAGGCUUCCCUCAACUGGCACAUGAAGAAGCAUGAUGCAGACUCCUUCUACCAAUUCUCCUGCAAUAUUUGUGGCAAGAAAUUCGAGAAGAAGGACAGCGUCGUGGCCCACAAAGCCAAGAGUCACCCCGAAGUGCUCAUUGCUGAAGCACUGGCUGCCAACGCGGGCGCCCUGAUCACCAGCACCGAUAUCCUGGGCACUAAUCCCGAGGCCAUUGUGCCGCCCACGGAUGGCCAGGGCCUCCCGCUGCUCCCCGACCCCCUGGGCAGCGCUCCCCCAGCAGAUUGCCUGCUGCUGAGCCCAGAGGGGAUGCCAAAGCCCUACUGUGGCGGGGCAGAGCGAGUGAGCCUGGUGGCUGACGGCAAGCUCUUCGUGGGCAGCGGCAGCAGCGCGAACCCGGAGGGGCUGGUCAUGAACACAGAGAUGCUGGGAGCCAGCACGGAGGUGCUCAUUGAAGAUUCAGACUCCACUGGACCCUAGUGGCAGGGGAGCCGCCUGGGUGCUGGGACAGUUGGGACUCUGUAUUUAAAAGGAAAAGGAAAAAAAAAAAGGAGGAGGCACUUACUGAAAGAGAGGAAAGUUAAACAAAACUUACAAUACUAGUAAAUAACUGAAGGGUCUGCUCCCCUCCAGCGCGGAUCACAGCACAUCCUCUUUCUCCCAACCACUUCUCUCUCUCCCACGGCCCCUUUGUGGAAAGGGGCACGUGCUGCCAUUGCCAGAGCAAGUUGGAUUGAGCGGCGGAUUUCUCCAGGGGAAGGGGCACAGCCGAAACCCCUUGCUCUACCCCAAAGCAGUUGCCUUUCUGGCUCCUUGGCGUGGCCCCACUGGCAAACUAAAAAGCGUUGGACGUGCUCUGGAGAAGUUCCUUAGGACUCCCUCUGCCCCUGGUCCCGACUUCUAUGCACCACUGCACUCUGGUCCUUGCAGUCUCCUCCUUCCUGGCCGGGGCUGGGAGUUUGGCACUUUAGCCCCUCGGCAGGGUGAGCUGUGAAGCAGCAGUGCACAUCCCGCUCCCACCGCGCUCCCCUGCUCCAGCCCUGGCAGGAAGUGGAGGGAGGGAACGCCCUGGCUCGUAGAUCAUGUUUGCUUGGAGAGGCCCGGGGGCUACAGGAGCCCUGCGUGGGAGAGGCAAGGAGGAGCAUCCCAGUUUGACGACAGUAAUUUGCACUUUGAACAUGCUUCGUUUUUGUGUUGUGGUAACAAGAUUCCUUAUUUAUUGUUUAAAAAAGGGUCGGUAUUUUUUAGUUCUGUUCUUAGGGGCGGGGGUGGAAGGGGUUCAGGCUGUUUCCCAGUAGGCUCCAGGGCAGGGAGCUCCAGUGCCAUUGUGCCAGCGGCUGGGAGAGCUGAGGUGAAGGCAGCACUCUGGAGUCAGAUGUGUCUUGCAGCUUUUGCAGAGUAGAGGGAGAGCCCCUGGAGAAGAGCCUGUGUGCAGUGGGAGUCUCUGCAGCAGCGUGUUAGCAGGAGGAUGAGGUGAGUGAUGGGCUGUGUCUCCCUCGCUCCCAGCUCCGGGUGAGCUCCUUGCAUUAAAUGCCUGUUUUGCCUCCAGCCUUUUGGGGAAGGACGUUGUUAGCCAGGAGCUUGUUCUUGUGACUUGUGACUCUUGGGACAGCCGUGAGCUGCUUGCUGCUGGGGGAUGUGGUGCUCCUCAUCCAACUCUGCCUCUCCUUUCCAGGUCUAGACAAAGACACUGUUAGCAGGGACUGGAUAUGGUUUUCUCAGGCUUGUUUAUCCAAGGCAAUAGAUUGAUGUGGGACGACGGGGCUGUCAGCUUUUCUCCCUUCCCUCAUUUUGAGGGGGGAUUGUGUAGCGUGUUCUGAAAGCUUCUCUUUUCUGCACAGACACCCCAGCUUUCCCUGAAAUGUGGCGGGUCAGGUGCUGCUUGCUGGUGUAGUUAGGGCAGCUUUGAGCCCUUGGAAAAGUUUACAUAGGAUCAGAUGUGUCUGCUAUGGAGACUUGGAUUUUUUUUUUUGCUCUUCUCUGAAACUUUGUGUGGAGAUUCAGUGGCCUUGAAUUCGUAGCGGUUUUGGAAGAGGUGAAGAAUAACCUGUUUUCUGUUUGUUUGCUUGUUUUUUGGUUGGGUUUCUGGGGUUGGGAGCAGAGCUGAAGUAUCUUGUCUGAGCACAAGAUCAGCUGAGUUGGUCUGUAGCACACAGCAGCUUGUCGAAAUCGGGUACCUGGGGGUCUGGAAAACCGCAAUAAAACUUGGAAUUUAAUUGGAUUAACAGGAAACUGACUCUGAACACCCACUCUGUCCCCUGUGAUGCCUGGAAAUCCAGCUGUGGCCCAAACAUGCUGGCUUUUCUCAGGCUGUGUGUCCUGGUUUGCCCCCUUCCUCCCUCCCUCUUAGACUGAUACCUUUGUCAGAGCAAGUCGAAGCACUUCCUGGUGCUGGGGCGGGUCAGGCUGAGCAGUUGGGUGUCCCGUGCCCUGGGUGUGGGCAUCCCGUGGUCACGCUGUGGCAGCAGCCUGGCUCACGUGAGGGCCCAGCACACCUGGUGGCAGGUCCGUGGCAGAAAGGUGUUAAACUAAACCAGUUCUUUCAGUUGAGAUGAUCCAGUGUCUUGCUUGGAUUGCUUUACUGUGGUUUCCAGCAGGAAACUUUCCGGGUAGCAGCUGGUCCCCUCCCCUUGCGGGCUAGAGAGGGGCAGCACUCUGGGGACACUUGGUGGCCCUCGGGGCAGGUUGGCUUUGUCCUUCUGACAUGGUGCUGCUGGAGCUGGGUCUGCUGGCCCCUGUGCCUGUGGGAGGUGCAGGGUGGGCAGAGCCUUGCACAGAACACUAAAGGAGAGCUCGGGGGUUUGGUGGUUGAGGGAUGGCACUAAAACGCCUUUGGGCCAAGGGCUUGCUCACCUCUGGUGACCCAGCACUUGGCACCAGGCUGGGGGAGGCUGCCUCGUCCCACGUCCGCCCCAGUGGAGCAGGGUUUGCCCCUGGCUGCACUCCUGGGAUGCAAAAUCAAACAUUUCCUUUGCUUCCCGGCCUGGACACCUCUGAUCUCUGCCUCUCCCUGCCUUGUCCUUCCAUGACACCUCCUGUAGCUCUCCCUUUUCUUUUUCUGGCCGUGGCCAGGUGCCUGUCUGUCCUCUAACCACAGCCUGCUCACUCCUGGUGCAGGAGAGAUGUGUAGCCCCCUUCCCACGCCCCUCUGAAGCCCUAAAACUGACACAGCCCUCCUGCAGCUCCUCCUCCCCUCGAUGUCUCUCCUUCACUCGCAUGCAGUUUGCUUCAAUAAAUUAUUGUAGUAGUUUGCAAUAAACUUUUUUGUAUUUUUU